AUGUCUGCUGACGCUUCUCCAUCUACCUCCAACGAUCGCGAGAUCUUCUUCGUACUCAGCGAUGGCCGUGAAGUCAAGGUUCACAACUCACUUCACCAUUUGUCCGGCUUUUUGAAGGAUUUCUUGAAGACCAUGGCCAAUGAUCCAUCUUCUAUCGUCAAGAUUCCUACCAAUGAUGUUGGCUACGAUGAGGUUGAGCUUCUGAACAACUUUGUCGCUUAUUUGGAUGAGAACUACAAGGACCAGGUCAGAAACGAGCAGGACCGCAAGGACUUCUGGAUGGAAUUCAUUGUAAGUUGAUUUUAUUAUUAUUUGCAGACUUUUAGGUUCAGUCGACGUAAGAAUAGUCAAACGCUCGCUUGACUACGUCUUUGAUAUGGUUUAAAAAGGAAUGGUUUUUUUUGGAGAUGUUAAAGAUAGUUAAAAAGUCCGAUCUUAGUAUUAUAUUAAUAUCUAUUUUUUCAGCCAACCCACAAGGAAAACCUUCGCAACUUGGCCAAGGACGUUGACAAGGACUUGUUGAUUACUUCUGCCAAUGCUGGCGACUACCUUAUCAUUCCAGCUUUUAUCUCCUUCUGCACCUACUUCCUCUGCGAACGUGCUCAGAACUUGAAGUUGAAGGAGCUCCGCGAGUUCUUGAACGAGGAAGCUGACUUUGACGAGGAACAGCUUCGCAUCAUUCGUGAAUGCCCCGAAUUUGAUAACCUGUAA